AUGGAUCAAAAUAUCCAAUACCUACAAGAAAUAUUUCCAAAUUAUGACGAAGCGAUUAUCCGAGAUAUAUUUCAAGACUCUGGCCAAAGUGUUGAAAAGGCCGUAGAAAAGUUAAUAUCUCUUUCGUCAACCGGGAAUCAAUCACGCAGUUUGGCUAAUACGAAUCCCUGGGAAAUGGCGACUAUUCAAAAAGGAGCCACUGAUGUACUAAAUAAUGACCAAACUAACUUGACAAAGGCCUCAAAUAAAAAUAGAAAUGCAAGUACGAACAAUUUAACGAAACAACCGCUAAAUCAGGGUUUUAGCCAUAAUUUAGAAUCUGUCUGGAAUAACAGCAAGGCCGUAAAUCAGAUAAAACAAUCAAGAGGUUCUGAAAGAAGGGUACAAGAUCGACAUUAUGCAGCUCGUAAACCUAAAUUUAACAAACAGGAAAAUAACAUGGAUAAAACUCAAAUUUAUGUCAACCAAAUUCUUGAAAAAAAUAAAGGAAUAUCAAAAGUGUUAUACAUUGCUCGUGGCUGUCCAGGUAGUGGAAAAUCAACGCUAAUCAACGCUACCAAAAUUGAAAUAUUAGUCACCCUUCUGGCAUGUCUUAUUGACAGGUACGCGUUUGAUCCUACAAAAAUUUCCGAAGCACAUUCGUGGAAUCAAAAUGAAGCUGUUAAAAAUGCAAAUUUAGGAAUUUCACCUAUUUUCAUCGAUAAUACCAAUACCCAGCUUUGGGAAAUGAAACCAUACGUUGUUUUGGCUAUAAACGCUGGUUACCAUGUUGAAUUUAUUGAACCUUGUACUUGGUGGAAGUUCAAUGCCAAUCAGUUAGCAAGGCGCUGUACGCAUAAUGUACCACUCAACAAGAUAGAAUCUAUGUUGCAAAGAUUUGAACGAAGUGCUUCUGUUAAAUUAAUCUUGGGUGAAAAUUCGGCAGGAUUGCCUAACAAAACCGCCAGAGUUAACGAUAAUGGACAGAAUGAGCGUUUAUCAAGUCAACGCACGUUAAUAGACGAUCAACAUCGACUGGCUCCCGAAGCUACAAAGAACAUGAUGAAUGAUGAACCUAACGAGCGAGGAGAAACUAGUGGAAUAGAGGUGACUGGCAAAUGCAAUUAUUCCAUUUAUCCCAGUAUAAAGAUAUCCCAUACUACAGCAUCAUGGCUGCGCGAAAAAUUCGAAGUUGAAGAAGUGAAUGGAGGAGAAAUACUUGCUCUAUGCAAUAAAAAUUCCAAUGAUCUUGAAGUGUACAUAGAUGAGAGUUUUGGCAGAGAGCUAUAUAGGCAGUGGUUAAAGACAUUAAAAAUGAAGCAUGAAAACGAGAACAAUGCAAUGGUCAAUAAUGAUGAAGCCAUUGCUAGACAAUUGCAGCUGUUGGAAAAUGAUAUUGAAAAUUAUUAUUGUAACGAGGUACCUAAGAAUUGGAUAGCUGAUCAAAGAACACAUACAUCAGACAUAGGCGAUUCAUCUGCUUCAUUAUCUACUAUAAUAACAUCAGAGAAUUUUAAAGAUAUUAUCAGCGAACAAUUGGCCUUUAAAAUUGAAAAUGAAGAACAAAGCAAUCUCAGCGCACCUGUAGUUAGGAGAAUGCAGGAAAAGCUGAGCCAGUGGUAUCCUGGAAUCAAUACGUUGGUUUUAAAUGACUUUCUGGAACAGUCCGGUUAUAAUUUAGAAGAUACAGUAACUUUCCUGGAGGAAGUAUGUGGCUUUGGCGAGCCCAACAAACAAGAUGCAAGUGCUGGUAAAGUAAUUACAAGCACAAGAGAUGAAACGGAAUCCACGUAUAAGUCACCAUCUACCGUUAGCAUGCAACCUAAAAUGGAUGUUAAGAUGUAUAACCGACAAUCAUCCGAGUAUGCGGCUACCGCCAGAGAGUACUGUAAUAAAGCUAGCGAGUGUUACCAAUCUAAGCAAUAUUCUGUAGCAGGUCAUUACCAAGAACAGGCAACACAUUACUUCAAUUUAAGUAAAAAUGCUCGUAAUAUUGCGGCUGAAAUUAUGUUACAAUCAAGAAUGAUUGCUCUUCGACAAUACAAAGUUUUAGAUUUACAUGGUUUUACUGUAUCAGAAGCUGUAAAAAUUGUUGAAGAACAAUUGCAAGUCAUUCAAUGUGAUCCUAGCCUAUCUUUGCAUAAGAAAGAUAAUCGGUAUCUAACAAUCAUUGUUGGCUGCGGCAUUCACAGCGUCGACGGUAAAGCUCGAAUUAAGCCUGCGGUGGUAUCUUAUCUGAAAAGAAAAAAGUACAGAUACAACUUAAUCAGCAAUGGAGCAAUCAAAGUAGAAUUAUGCAGAAGCUCUCCGUGUAAGGCUCACAUUAAAAUUGAUUGCCCGAUACAGCAUAAUGGAUGCUCAGUUUCUUAUGUUAUUUUAUUUCCUAAAAAUAAAACUCUUGCAUUGCAAUAA